AUGAUUAAAGUGGAUGAGAUUCCAUGUCCCCCUCUUCAAUCAACACUAUAUAUUAAGCACUCUGAAUUGUACAUCAAUCAAAAGUUUCUAAGUCUUCUGUUUUAUCUUCUCACAACACACAAAGAAGAAAGGGCGUGCCUCACUCGCUCUAACAGCUUCCCUUCAAGGCCACACGCGAUCGUUCAAGAAGUUGACGAGCAUUUGUGUAGACUGAGGUCUUCUGAGGCUGCCUCCACAUCUUCAUCAUCAAUAUGCCACAAACUAAGUGGCCUCCAAGACUUGCAUGAUUGUGUUGAUAAGUUGCUUCAGUUGCCUUUCACACAACAAGCCUUUGCCAAAGAGCAGAAUGAGAAAUGGACUAAUGAGCUAUUAGAUGGCUCUCUCAGGCUCUUGGAUGGUUGCAACAGGGCCAAGGAUGCUAUCUUGCAAACCAAGGAAUGCGUACAGGAUCUUCAAUCGAUCAUACGAAGAACACGAGGAGAUGAAUCUGGAGCACUCACCAGUGAGGUUAGGAAAUACUUAACCUCCAGGAAGAUGGUGAAAAAGAUCCAAAAGGCUAUGAAUAAUCUCAAGGGAAUCGAAAACAGAUCCACCUUCUCUUCCCCAAACCAGGACAAUGAGUCUAUUGCCAUUGUUAACAAGUUGAGAGAAGUUGAAGCAGUCACUCUUGCAGUGUUUGAGUCACUGCUGUCCUUCAUCUCUGGACCAAAAUCACAGCCAAGCAGCUGGUCAUUGGUCUCCAAGAUGAUGCAUUCCAAAAAAGUUGCUUGUGAGGAAGAAAAAGAAGCCAAUAAAUUUGCACAAGUGGAUGCUGCAUUGAACUCACUCAUUGGAGACAAGACAAGCAAAACUCAAAACAAAAGUGUCGAAAAUGCACAGAACCAGCUCGAGAAGCUGGAGUUAUGCAUUCAAGACCAAGAAGAAGGAGUUGAGUGCCUAUUUAGGCAAUUGAUCAAAACAAGAGUCUCCCUCCUCAACAUCCUUAACCACUAG